UAGUGAGUUAUUGGAAGUAUUGAAUCGGGCUAAUUGCUGCGACCUAUUAUAUAAAACCCUAGUUUGUGCCUUCAGCCGCAUAACCCUAGACUGUGCCAUCUCCAGCAUCUGCAGAACCCUAAUUUGCCUGGGUGCUCUUCACCAUGACAUUCAAGCGCAGGAAUGGAGGUCGCAACAAGCAUGGUCGUGGCCAUGUGAAAUUCAUCAGAUGUUCCAACUGCGGCAAAUGCUGCCCCAAGGACAAGAGCAUCAAACGUUUUUUGGUGAGGAAUAUUGUGGAACAAGCUGCUGUCAGAGAUGUUCAGGAGGCCUGUGUCUAUGAACAAUACACACUCCCGAAACUGUAUGUGAAGAUGCAAUAUUGCGUCUCCUGUGCGAUCCACUCUCACGUUGUUAGAGUGCGUUCUCGCACUGAUAGGAGGAAGCGUGAGCCUCCACAGCGCUUCAUUAGGCGCAGGGAUGAUGCACCAAGGCCCGGUCAACCUGGUCAAGCACCUCGUCCUGCUGGAGCAGGACCUCCUGCCCGUGCUUAAAUGCAAAUUUUAAGAUUUUAGGUCUUGUUGGAUCAGUUUUAUAUGAUAAACGAAAUUCUCUCAUGGUUGAUUUUUGAAAUUUCAGUUUUGCGGAGGGAUAUUAUGUUUUCUUCUAAUUGUUUGCUUUAUUCCAUCGACGAUACCUACAUUUUCAGUUGUUAUAAUUUGGUGGUUUUAAUGAGAAUUGACAUUGAUAUAUAAAUUUUUUUAGC